GGUGAUUGCGCUGGAAAGCUUGUUUAUAGUGGGGGUCAUAAUAUAGUACUUUGCUCUUACUUGCGAGUCCGGACGUCGAUAAAUAGGGUUGAGAGACCCUCGACAGUGGAGACGAGGGCUCUUUUAUAGCUGGAUUGUUUGGGACAAUGGGAGUGGUUAACAAUGAAAGGCUAGACAAAGGGCUUGGUUGUUGUUGGAUGGAUUCAGCAUUAUCCCAAUUCCCGGAGGGUCUUUCAUUGAGACACUACAUGGCGUUUGGCUGUUCUCAUAAAAGAGGAUGUUUCAUUUUGUUCUUUGGUCGUCGUCGGAAGAUAUUUCCAUGUUGUACAAGUAUUAUACAUAUCAAACUCAAAAGGUAAAAGCCAAGAUAUCAACCUGGGAGCAAUUAGCACAUGACAAGGCAACCAGAGUAGAGACAACUUACAAAAAGCCUAGAUAGAAGUCGCCGCCCGCUGCAUCGGCGUCAUGGCCGCGCGCGCCGCUUUCCGCUCCUCCGAUUCCUCCUCUGCCUUCAUCUCCCUCUCCAACGCCGCAAAAUCCCCCUGGAAGGCAUUCCUAACGGGCUCCAUCCGUACCUCCCAAACAUCCUCACUGCUCGGUCCCGUCUUAUACUUGAUCGCCUUCUUCCGGUAGUGGUCGCGGAUCAUGCGGCUCUUUUCCUUCUCCGAGAACGUCCGCGUCUUCAUGCACAGCCAGAAAUUCUCCCAGUGCUCGCUGCACGACCGCAGCUCGCCGUAUCGGUAGACAUUCACGAAUUGGCCGCCUAGCGAUUGGCAGAAGAAGGCGUAGUCGAAGGCGGAGCGGCAGGACAUGGUGUCGGGGUAGAGCGAGUCGGGGGCUAUUGAUGCGAGAGGGGUUUGGAGGGAGGAAUCUGAGGGUUGAGUGGGUGUUGAUGAAUCUUUGGCAGCUUGUGCGCCGGAGCGAAUGUCAUUUUCGAGGCUUGUCCAUAGUUGCUUAAACUCGGCUUCUUCUUUCUCUUCGCGAGUGAGUGUUCGUGAUUGCGGUUGUGGUUGUGCUGGGGUUGGGAGGUUCUCUGGCGUCGCUGUCGGAGGUUGAGUUGUGUGGGACUCGUCCUUUGGGGCGGACGAAAAUUUUGACCAAAACCAGCCCAUUUUGUAUGCGAUGCGAACUCCUCGAGUGCCGGAUAGUAAGUAUGGUUGAUCCAGUGGUGGUUGCGAUUGAUAAUAAUAUUUUAGAUGCGGAGACAAAAGACGCUUGUUCCGCGUUGGUUGGCGGUGUAACUUUGGCGGGUCAUGACAGUACCAAAACAUACUGGUAUCGUUCGGGCGGGUCUAGAAUUAUACAAACUGACGUCAGUUCCCCUCAAGCAGAGCAACUCAACUUUCGCCCGUUCUGUGUCUCUAACAUGCUUUCACACUCGCAAUCAUGAUGCGAGCGCUGCUUAUUGGCAGGGCAUCCCGUGGUUAUCGGGCUCUACCGUGCUGGAAAAGCUCGCCUGCUUACCGGGUUCCAAAGCCCUCCUUGAUUGCCCGACAAAGUACGCUGAGCUCGUCACAUGUUAGCUCGCUCGAAGCUGGUCACAUCGAGUUGGAGAAGAAUGAGGGUCUCAUCUUUGUGAAUAAUAUCUUCCCACGAAAGCUCCAAUGGCUUCUACUACUAGGACCCCUCAACGGCACUCAGUCGUACGAGAAGGCGCUGAAGCGCAUCAACCGCCCGCAUCUAGCUGCAUCUGAUCCACUGCAUAUAGUUCGGCAAGUAUUUCCGCAGGGGCUAGACAUCGAUAUCAAAGAUAUCAUUCCUCGGUUCCGCGAAGGCGGUGCCUUCGUAAAGUAUGCCCGCAAAUCCGGUGCGACGGACAGCGAGAUUGAGGCAGCCAUUAAAGACCACCUUGAAAAGCAUCCUAUACGACCUUGGUUUAACCCGUUUCGACAGGCGACAGCUUCUAGCGUUCAUGGACGACCGUGGAUUGAGGAUCUCUAUCGGAUUCCCAGUAGCCGCAUUCGAGUUGAAUUUCACCCAGCCGAGCCAGAUGGUUCAGCGGCAGAUUUGACCACAGAGGUCCUGUACAGUAUAUUUCGGCGAUACGGCAAGCUUCGAGAUAUCGAACGGCAGCCACCUGAUUCAAAAGUCACGCCGAGAUAUGCCCUCAUUGAGUUCAGUCGCCCGAGCAAUGCUGUGACGGCCAAGAACUGCGUCCAUGGCUUUACGAUUCCUCCGGGAGGAGGCGGCGGCAAGUCUGGCACGCGUGUGAAGAUCAAGUACGAGCGGAAGAUUCGACUGUCAAUGAUCAAGGACUGGCUGUUGAAUCACCCGCGUCUAGUUAUUCCCGCUGUUGCUGCUCUUAUUGCGGCUAUCACAGUGACCGUAUUCGACCCGAUCCGGACAUUCUUCAUCAAGAUGAAGAUCAAGGCAACGCUUCAUGCCGAAGGAAGCAAGAUCAUGCAGUGGGUUCGGUAUCAAGUUAGCAAGGCGAACAUCUAUUUCGGACAGAACAAAUCUGAUGUUCGUGGAUUGACUGCGAUCUGGGAGGACCGUCAAGACGAUAUCAACCAACUUCAGUCCUGGUUGACGGAGAAUGCGGAGACCUUUAUUGUCAUACAUGGCCCCCGCGGCUCAGGCAAACGCGAACUGGUUCUAGACCGGACCCUCAAGAACCACAGGUACAAGCUCGUUAUCGACUGCAAGCAGAUUCAAGAUGCCAAGGGCGACACAUCGAAAAUCGCCCGUGCAGCCAGCCAAGUGGGCUACCGGCCUGUUUUUUCUUGGAUGAACAGCAUCAGCAGCUUCAUUGACCUGGCUGCGCAGGGAAUGAUCGGAACAAAGGCUGGAUUCUCGGAAACACUGGAUGCUCAGCUCAGCAAUAUCUGGCAGAAUACUGCCAUUGCCCUGAAGAGCAUCACGUUGGAGAACCGAAAGAAGACUGAUACCGAUGCACAGCUCACCGAUGAGGAAUAUCUCGAAGCGCAUCCCGAGCUACGCCCCGUCGUGGUCAUUGAUAACUACCUGCAUAACAACCUGGACAGCAACGUGGUGUACGACAAGCUCACGGAGUGGGCAGCUGGCUUGACCACUGGAAAUAUUGCUCACGUCAUUUUCUUAACCACGGAUGUCUCCUUCUCUAAGCCUUUGAGCAAAGCCCUGCCAAACUCGGUCUUCCGCACAAUCUCGCUCGGCGACUGCUCCCUUGAUGUGGGCCGAAGAUUCGUCCUCAACCAUCUCGAGCACGAGGCUAAGAGCAAGAACAAGCCUAUGCAGAGUGAAGAAGAUUUGACAGAAUUGGAUAGCUGCAUCUCGGUACUAGGAGGGCGAGUGACUGAUCUCGAAUUCAUGGCGCAUCGGAUUGAGGCUGGAGAGACACCUCGAGCCGCCGUCAGUCGAAUCAUCGAGCAAUCCGCCUCGGAAAUUCUCAAGAUGUUCAUUCUAAGUCCCGAGACGGACUCGCAACAGUGGAGCCACCAACAGGCAUGGCACUUGAUCAAAACCCUCGCUCACUCCAAGGAUGGCAGCGUGUCAUACAACCAAGUCGUCCAAUCCGACCUCUUCAAGUCCGGCGGCCAAAGUACCCUCCGAGCCCUCGAGCAGGCUGAACUCAUCUCCAUCGUAACCGUGAACGGCUCACCCGAGAGAGUGAAGCCUGGAAGACCAGUCUACCUCGCCGUCUUUAAACGAUUAACCGAGAACAGGCCCCUGAGCGGCCGUCUAGACCUCGAAAUUUUAUCGCAGCUAAUCAGCAAGGAGAACAAGAGCAUUGGGACAUGGGAGGAGGAGCUCCUCUUGCUUGGAAAACUCCCGAAGCAGCCACGUGAAAUCAUGGGGAGAAUCCAGUGGCUGUUGAACAAGGUAUAUAGUUCGCAGAACAAGAUCGGCAAGUAUGAAGCGGAAAGCGCUGCGCUUCAGAAGGUCUUGUCGAGUGAGCAUUGAUUGAGCCAUGCGUACGAAGCAUAUCAUAAUGACUGUACUGUAUAUUAACGAGUAGUAAAUCCAUCUCCAUAGCUUCGAUUCUCAUGGCUAGUCCUCCCUUCUUGCGUUUGGUACAGCCGACAGAGCACUACUUCGAGAGUCCAUUCCGAUCUAAAACCAGUCUUUAGGACAGCCUUCAGUUAUGCCUGAUUAGCCCUGUAGAAUCAUGCACGCGAACC